AUGUCUGCAAAUAUGCUAUUUACGGGUGGAAAUCCACAGAUAGAACAACAAAUCACGCUAUCCUCUCAAAUAGAUGGACAAAAUAAUCUGGCAUUCUCAAAUGGCAUACAAAUGCCUUGCCAUGACUGCGCCGAACAAAAGGCAAUCGAAGCUCCUGGCCCUGCCGAGUGGCCUGGCACUGAAUUUCAUCAAAACCACGGGGAUCUAGUUAUUUCUCAGGCGUCGCCUCACUCGGUACAAAAGCACGAAGGCGGUUGUGAUGGUCACUACCAAGGGCAAUCAGGCUGCUCGAUUUAUCCAGGUUCCAUCCAUUGCGGAUCGCGACCUGUGAUCCGUUGGCUCGGAUGUCUGCAUACCUCAGUAUCAUUCAACCACCUCCUGCUAGGGCCACCUCCUGGCGACUUUGACUACACGCCGAGUUUCUUCAAAACUUGCCUUUUCCCAAACCAAGUGAACAUCAACUCUCCCUACCCACAGCCGCUUGAGGAACUGCGGCACGAUAGCCAGAAUGAUGUUGCUGGACCAUGCCAAGCCUUCGGACAGCCUGGCAAUGUAUUAUAUAGCUCGCAGGAUCCGGCCAAUUUGAGCCCUGGAGGUUCCCAAACCAACGUCCCUCGACGGCAGUUCAAAUGCGACGUUCGGGGAUGUGAGAGUCAUUUCAAACUUCAAAAGACCCUUAAUCGUCACCUGGCAAGCCAUUCAGGGGAGAGGCCUCAUGUUUGCUGGGUACCUGGCUGCCAACGCGGCUUCUUGCGUCGCGAUAACCUCAAAGCCCACUAUACAACACACGGGAAACGUAGGGGCCGCAAUCGAUAUGUGGCUACCCUGGAUAAGACAGCACCUGUCUAUAACCCUGAAUUCUGUGGGCAGCUAACGCCCGAAGGAUGGCCACUGGACUAUGUUGGCCAAGAUUGA